AGGAUGAAAUACUGGUGUGUGAGGCAGAUGGACCUCAUAUACUGUACAGGUGGAGAGCAUAGAGCACCGUGUAGUACCAACAACAAACGCCAGGCGUCAGCUAAGGGAAACAAAGACUGACGAGACUACUAGAAAUACAAAAAGCGACGAAGUGCGUUGUUUACGCCUACACUCCGUUCAAGAUGGCUGCUGGAGACAACAGCGGCAGGCCUCCUUGCCUUACUUUCUCCGGUCCUGGUCCUUUGGGAAACAGCCAGCCAAGCAAUAGCGUGUUCUCCAUGCCGGCGUCUAACGGCGGAGCUGGCGGUGCGGCCGGGGGAGCACAGGGCGCGACGAGGCGACCCAACCCGCAGAUGGGGCCUGGCGGCGGGGACAGCAACGGAGUGUCGAUCGGAGCUCAACCGACUGCGCAGAACUCCCUGCAGCAGUCCGCUGCGGCAGGUGCUGCAGGAGCCAUGUCCACCCCGGCCACCAACAUGGCAACCGCGGCGUCAAACGCAGCCGCUUCGGCAGCAGCGGCUGCCACCCCGGCUGCUGCGUCUGUGCUGGUGUACCGAGAGCCGGUGUACAACUGGCAGGCGACCAAGAGCACCGUCAAGGAGCGAUUCGCUUUCCUUUUCAACAACGAAGUGCUCAGUGACGUUCAUUUUUUAGUGGGCAAAGGGAUGGGGGUUCAGAGGAUACCUGCGCACAGGUUUGUUUUGGCUGUGGGGAGCGCAGUGUUUGAUGCCAUGUUCAACGGAGGCAUGGCGACAACUUCGACGGAAAUAGAGCUUCCUGAUGUGGAACCAGCUGCCUUCCUGGCCCUGCUAAAGUUUCUCUACUCUGAUGAAGUCCAGAUCGGGCCUGAGACAGUGAUGACCACACUAUAUACAGCUAAGAAAUAUGCAGUGCCCGCCCUGGAGGCUCACUGUGUGGAGUUCCUCAAGAAGAACUUGAGAGCAGACAAUGCGUUCAUGCUGCUCACACAGGCACGCUUGUUUGACGAGCCUCAGCUCGCCAGCCUCUGUCUGGAGAACAUCGAUAAGAACACUGGAGAUGCUCUCGCCGCUGAAGGCUUCACAGACAUAGAUCUGGAUACGUUGGUGGCCGUGUUGGAGAGGGACACUCUCGGGGUGCGGGAAGUGCGUUUAUUCGGUGCUUCUGUGCGCUGGGCAGAUGCCGAGGCUCACAGGCAGCAGAUGCAGCCCACGCCCGAGAACAAACGCAAAGUGCUGGGCAAGGCUCUCACACUAAUCCGCUUCCCUCUCAUGACUAUUGAGGAAUUUGCUGCAGGUCCAGCCCAGUCCAGUAUUCUGAGUGAUAGAGAGGUGGUGAGUCUUUUCCUCCACUUUACAGUUAACCCAAAGCCCCGCGUUGAAUUCAUCGACCGGCCUCGCUGCUGCCUCCGCGGGAAGGAGUGUAGCAUCACACGUUUUGGACAGGUGGAAAGCCGCUGGGGUUACAGCGGGACAAGUGACCGCAUACGGUUUUCGGUAAACAGAAGGAUAUUUGUGGUCGGGUUUGGUCUCUAUGGCUCUAUACACGGACCCACAGACUACCAAGUUAACAUACAGUGUGUCUUAUUGCAGAUCAUACACACAGACAGCAACACGGUGCUGGGUCAGAACGAUACAGGCUUCAGCUGUGACGGGUCGGCCAACACCUUCAGAGUCAUGUUCAAAGAACCGGUGGAGAUCCUACCCAACGUCAACUACACUGCCUGUGCCACACUCAAGGGCCCAGACUCUCACUACGGGACAAAGGGGAUGAGAAAGGUAACGCACGAGUCGUCCUCCACUGGCACAAAGACGUGUUUCACCUUCUGUUACGCGGCGGGCAACAACAACGGCACUUCAGUAGAGGACGGACAGAUUCCCGAGGUCAUCUUCUACACAUAGUCACCUCUGACACAAGCAGUGAUCCUCCAUCAAAUGUGACAACCUGACACCAGCGCGGGGCCACACCUCAGCAGCCGUUCCUGGGACUCAGACAUCAUACUGUUCCCCCCAUAUAGUGCACUGCUGUUGGCCACAUGGGAAGACAAAUAUCCGUGAAGCAAUGUAGGUCACUACAUGGGGCGUAGCUUGUCAUUUGAGACGCUGCCUCUCUCUUUCUCCGCGGCUUCCUUUUAUCCCUUUGUGUUGUAGUGAUGCCAGCCUCUGAAACAGACAUGACUGUAACCAACUCCACCAUGGAGGGAGAGAGAGAGGGAGGGAGGGAGGAGCCUCUCAGAUUAUUCACAGUAUCGAUGUCACUGCUGUGGAUUGACGGCAUAAGGCUUGACACUGAAUUCCCCUUCCUGUACUCCCGAGCAUUAGUGCGGGGAGUCGAAACUGUAUUAAUGUACAGUUCAUCAGAUAUGCCAAGACAAGAUCUUCAUCACCCUUUAGUACAGACCAGCAUUUCACUCAAUUCAGCUGUAAUUUCCAUAGGCAUCAUAGGCUUACGAACUCUUUGAAACAAACUUCUUAUUAAUCUUAACAACAUGAUAUGGUAAGCUAUUUUUGGGUUUCUACAUACAGUACAAUCUGUGAUAUCUUGUGUCCUUGCUUGGUAGUUGCCUAUACCCAAGAUACCUUGCACUUCUCGGCCUUGCAUAUGUUUAUGUGGUUGUUCUGUAAAUGCACACUAACUCUUCAGACAUGUUUCUUUUUAGCUUUGUUUUAAAAAGUGUGGGCGGAGAGCUUUCCUUUUUGGUGCGGAAGUAAAAGGGUUGUAUAUUAAAGUGGCAUUUAUUAACAUUAUAUAUGUAACUUGAAAAAAAUAUUGAUUAAAGAGUGAA